UUUCUGUAGCCAGAAGAUUAGCACUCUGCGCCGACGGAGAGCUGAUCAGUUGGAUCAUUCAGAUGGGUUCCGUUUCAUUAAAGAUGCCAUUAACUGUGAAGUGAGCUGAUAAGAAAUUCUCCGACUAAUUUCUGAACGCAGCGAGUCUUUUUUCCCUCCACCUCUCUGAGGCAGCAGCGCCUGGGACUAUUUUUAGAAACAAUGUUGCGGUGGAAGAAUUAAUCUAACUGGGGAUAAAACAUUAGGUUGGUGGGAAUCUGCUGCUUUUUGUGUGGACAUUUUCAGAGAUUUCAGUCUGCGCUCAGCCGGCCAUGGGACAAGAUGCUGCUCUGCCACGGCGUCCGCUCCUCUGGAAACUUUUGCGCCAUGGAAUCCACCACUCUUAGUAGAAACAGUGGCAGCUUUGCGCUAAUUGGGACCUCAUUGACUUUUCCUUUGUUUAUCUUUUUCAAAAUGUUAGAAUAUGUUAAGCGCAUUGCAGUUUUGAAAAUAACAGAUAAUUGUUUACCUAUGAGGAACUAAGAAUACUAAGAGUGUCAAGCUGAAGGCUUCUAUUUUACUUUUGAGUGCACAUUUUUGGGGGCUCUUAUGGGAAUUAAACACUCGUCUCGCUGCAUGCUCCUCAGGAGAAAAAUGGCGGAAUCUGAAAGCAGUGAGAGAAUCCAUGAUGUGACCUUCAACAGUACUGAGUGAUGUCGAAUCUGGAAGUGGACUAAUUCAAACAAUCGGAGCAGCCUCAGUCCCAACCACGGCCAGUCCGGAUUAUUCCCUCUCAGUCAGCGCAGCCGACCUCGCUGCCCAAGCCUGUGCCUUCAGUCCAGCCCACCGCUCGGCCUUCUCUCCCACCACACACCCCCCAUGCUGCCAGUCUUCCUAGCUGCCCGGGGCGAGGGAAGAUGGCCAAGUUCCUCAACCCGGAGGAGAUGACUUCCCGAGACUACUACUUUGACUCUUACGCCCACUUUGGUAUUCACGAGGAAAUGCUGAAGGAUGAGGUGAGGACGCUAACCUACAGGAACUCCAUGUAUCACAACAAGCACAUCUUCAAGGAUAAAAUAGUGUUGGAUGUUGGAAGUGGGACUGGGAUCCUCUCCAUGUUCGCAGCCAAAGCUGGAGCAAAGCACGUCUACGGGAUUGAAUGUUCCAGCAUAUCCGAGUACUCAGAGAGGAUCAUCAAGUCCAACCACCUCGACAGUGUUAUCACCAUAUUCAAAGGCAAGGUGGAGGAGGUGGAGCUUCCUGUGGAGAAGGUUGACAUCAUUAUAUCUGAGUGGAUGGGCUACUGUCUGUUCUAUGAAUCCAUGCUCCACACCGUCAUCUUUGCAAGAGACAAGUGGCUGAAGGCCGGUGGGUUGAUGUUUCCUGACCGAGCCUCCCUGUACGUGUUGGCCAUCGAAGACAGGCAGUACAAAGACUUCAAAAUACAUUGGUGGGAGAACGUGUAUGGCUUUGACAUGACCUGCAUCCGUAACGUGGCAAUAAAGGAGCCCCUGGUGGACGUAGUGGACCCCAAACAGGUGGUGACCAACUCCUGCCUGGUGAAGGAGGUGGACAUCUACACUGUAAAAGCUGAGGACCUCUCAUUCACCUCAGCUUUCUGCUUGCAAAUCCAGAGGAAUGACUACAUCCAUGCCCUUGUCACUUUCUUUAACAUUGAGUUUACCAAGUGUCACAAGAAGACUGGUUUUUCCACAGCUCCAGAUGCUUCGUACACCCACUGGAAGCAAACCGUUUUCUACCUGGAGGAUUAUUUAACAGUGCGGCGAGGAGAAGAAAUUGUUGGCAGCAUCGCUAUGAAACCCAACGAGAACAAUAUUCGUGACUUGGACUUCACUUUCGAACUGGAUUUCAAAGGGCAGCUGUGUGAGGCAGCGAUCUCUCAUGACUACAAGAUGCGUUAGAUUGGACAGCGGUGGAGGAAGAGCGAGAAGCACCUGAUCCUGACAACAGGCAGACACACAGCGGGAUGGGAGAGCGGUUAAAGAACCGGUCAAAGACAAGGCGAGGAAGAAGUGACCUCAUGGUUUUAUUAAAAGCGUCAGUUUGUCGUGUAACAUUAGCAGGAAAUCCUUUUUGCAGACUGUUAAUAAAAGAAUGUAAAACAAACAAGUCAGCAAUAUUUUCUAGCACUGAUGAAUGUUCUAGAUCAUUGUUGUGUUAAUGUGAGAUGGAGUGAUGUUCCUGUGGGUUGUGAUCUGUAUUUGCUCAUAAUAAUUUAGACCUCUCAGAAGGAUAGAUGGAGAUAGUAGAUCUGUUCGGAUCACUUACUGCUUGCUCCACAUUCUGUUUUGGGUAAAUUAUUACAGCAUUAUAUUUAGGUAUGAGUGUCAUGUUAUUCACUGUAGAGACUGACUGCAUUGAAACCAUUUCUAGUUGUGUAAGUUUAGCAGUAGUGUAAAGAAUAUCAGUAACUGAGACCUGCAGCCAAGGACAAACCGGUGUGUUUGUGUUAUUAAAUGUUCUUGUCUUUGUGCAGUAAAUGGUGACCAAGCUCA